CGGAAUCACUCAGUUACUGGUUGGAAUCCGUAGCGUUCGCACCAAAAACUAAAACUCCUCCCCUGAUAACGCCCAGAGGCUUCUUCAAGAGCGUUUGUGACCUAUAAAAAGAACGAUAAGAAUAUAUUGGAGGUAAACAUGACUGCCAAUGGGAAUGGAACUGGUGACAUUCUGGGUCCCGGGAUCGAGAUCGUUGCCCAACAGAAGCUUCAGCCAGAUGCAAAAAUGUAUGGCCGCAUGCAAAGACUGGGCGCCUUUUUCAAGGAACAGUUUGGAGCAGAGCCGGAUUUCUUUGUUCGUGUGCCAGGACGGGUCAACAUCAUAGGCGAGCAUGUGGACUAUUGCGGCUACUCCGUGCUUCCCAUGGCCGUUACCCAAAGCAUUGUGCUGGCAGUGGGAAGUAAUCCCACAGAGCUGCAUCAAUUGCAGCUGCGCAAUCUGGACCAGGCCAAUUUCCAGAACUUUCAGUGUGACUUGAAAAGCCUCAGCGUUGAACUUCCACUACCUGGCGGCCCGGCAUGGUAUAAAUACUUCAUGUGUGGCGUCAGAGGAAUUGAAGAACAUCUUGGCAGGAAGAAAUUUAGUCCCAUCGGAAUGCGCAUUGCAGUCGACGGAAACGUUCCUCUGGCUGCUGGUCUAUCAAGUUCCAGUGCCAUGGUCAGCUCUGCUGUUCUGGCCACAGCGCAUGUCCAGGGCAUGAAGCUGGAUCGCAAGGAGCUGGCGUCCAUUUCAGCUAAGUGUGAGCAGUACAUUGGCACCCAUAGCGGGGGCAUGGACCAGGCCAUUGCCUACUUGGGCCGGGAAGGCUGUGCCCAUCACAUCGAAUUUCACCCACAGCUCAAUGGAACCCCGGUGAUCCUGCCGGCAGGCAAGUGUUUUGUGGUGGCCAACAGUUUGGCGCAGAAGAACAAGGCUGCCUCGUCGGACUACAAUGAGCGGGUGGUGGAGUGCCGCCUUGCAACGCGUUGGCUGGCCAGGCACAAAAAUCUAAGCAAUUGGCAGGAAAUCAUCCGAUUCAUUGACCUGGAGGAGGCCUGUGGCAUGAACAAUGAGACGUUUGAGAGCUUUAUUAAAGAGAAGCUGACUAAAUGGGUUUAUACGCGAGCCGAUAUCUGCCAGGAAUGGGGAAUUACAGAGCAGGAGCUGGAGUCCAAGUACCUCACGGCCAACACGCAGCACAUGCAGCAGUUUAAACUGCGCCAGCGUGCCUUGCAUGUUAUUCAGGAAUCUGGACGCGUGGUUAAAUUCCGUAAGAUUUGUGAGCAGUUGGCGCUACAUGCCAGCGAGGAAGAUAUCAAGCAGUUGGGGUUGCUCAUGCGACAAUCUCACGAGAGCCUGCGCGAGCUCUAUGAAUGCUCGCAUCCAGAUGUCGAGCGUCUGAUUGCCAUAUCCGAAAAGCAGAAUGUCAGCGCUCGCGUUACAGGAGCCGGUUGGGGUGGCUGCAUUGUGGCCAUGUGCGAUUCCCAGGAAGAUGCUGCAAAGUAUAUAAACGCUUUAAAGCGGGACUACUAUGCUCAAUUGCCGCCCCAUCUCUUGGAGCGCCAUCAGCCAAAUGAUUUCAACGAGGUUGUGUUUGCCACCUUCCCGGGCAAUGGAGCCGAGCUUUUUGUGCCGUGAUUCAAUGACCACUGUCUAUCUUAUUACAAGAAUGUUUAAUCUGCAUGUAUGCAUGUACAAUAUAUUAACAAUUUACAAACUAA